ACUUUGCCGUUUCUGUCACACACAGGUCUGAUGACAGCCAUCUGCUUGGGUUCAGUACCGUCGAUUGUUACUGUGCAGAGAGGAGCCCUUCCCCCGACUCCUGCUUAUUUUUUAACUGUUUUCGAAAGACACAUAAUCUAGUAACGACUCCAUCUAAAAGAGCUUUUAACGUUGAUCUUUUAGAUUUUUAGUUAGAGUGACUCUGAUCAUCAUCAUCAAUUAUAAACGCUGAAGUGACGUCAGCAGAACUCGACUCCUACGAACACAAACGGGUUUUAUAACACUAGCCAAGGCAAAGAUCUUGAGCAUGUUUAAAGCGGAUUUUGCACUGAAGUGAACGGACAUUAUGCUCCGACAACCGCUUCACUUUACAAGCAGGACGGAGGAUGAAACGGCGGACUCGGGCGCGGAGACUGCGGGAUCUGACUGCAGUAAAAUGUCAUGCAGCAGCAUUGACCUCAUGGCCAGCCCGGGUCAGGAGCUGCUUCUGGCCACCAUGCACCUGCUUACCAACCCUGGUGACUCGCUCCUCCUCCAGCACACUCUUGACCGCCUGCUCAAGUGGGUCCGCCCCGGCCUCCACCUCUUCCAUGUGUCCGAGCGGGCCUGUCCCCUUCAUGACUAUGCCAGAGCUAACCUGUGCCCUGUGGCUGGCCACCCCUCACAUGCGGUGACCAUAUUCUUGCACGAGUCUUACGGAGAGGAGCGUAUUCUCAGGGUGCUGGACUUUCUGCAGUGUCCACCCUGGCAGUACCACCAUACGGAGAGCUGUGGCGGCAUAGAGGGCGGCGCUCACGUUAGCUCGACCGCCUCCCCAUCCAGCGCCCUGCUGAGGCCCUACCUCCUCCCCAGCCGGGACUUCUACAGCCUGGGUGCGGGAAUGCCAGUGUGGGGGGUGCGGCCAGUGCACUAUGGAGGGGAAGUGGUGCGAGUGACUUUGCACAGCACCUAUGAUAACUUUGAGGACAAUGUGCGUUUAUAUGAGACGGUGCUGCAGAGGAGGGUGGAAGAGCAGAAAACAGGGUUCUGCUGGUUCACUCUGCUUACAGAACAAGGCUUCAGCCUGCAGUUGGCCAUCAAACAGCUCUCGGCAGGGGUCAGAGUGGAGCCGUGCUACUCUGCAGUGCUGCAGUUUAAGGUGGGUGAGAUUGGACAGCUAGUGCCCUUGUUGCCCAACACCUGCUCACCCAUCAGCGCUACCCGAUGGCACACUGAAGACCUGGAUGGCAACAAGAUCCUCUUUCAGGUUAAAGCCCCAGCACAACCCCAGGGGUUCCUUACGUCUGCGUUUCCUCUGAGCUGUCCCAGAAUGCUGCUGAGGAACGGUGCAACUGCCAGGCCCCCUUCGACCUCUCCCUGCAGGAAGCCAUCCCAUUUGAAGGAGCACCCUGUGGGACGCUCACGUGUGGAGCCGCCACUGGACCGUUGUCCUCGCGGGUUGAGGUUAGCGUCGUGUGGUAGGGAGAGUAUGGGUUCAGACGGCACCUGCAGCACACCUCCGGGAAGCUCCUGCUACUCCUCUCAGCGCAGCAGCCCGGCAGGCCUGUCUGUUAACUGGUAUGAGUCAGCGAUAACCUCUGAAACCUCUAUAUCAUGCCUUCUGCUGGAAGAGGAGGAGCCUGAGACAAAUGUGGACACAGGUUGUGCUGUAAAGCCACAGGCCACUUUAGGAGUGUCUGCCCUGGUGACUUUGCCUAGGGACCUGAAACAUGGACUGGCUGAGCUGCAGUUGACCUCUGAAGCAAAGAUACAGUCUUCACAGUGUCAUAGUCAGCAUCAACAUGCACAAGUAGAGGAGUUCUUCAUUUGACUGUUCCCAUUGGCUUUUUUUUUUUUUUUUUUUUUUUUUUUAAUUUUUUUUAAA